UCUAGCUCUAGAUCUGGGAUUUUGACCCGCGCACCGCUCGCUGUCGCGAUGUCGGCGACACAUCUCCGAGACGAUAUGUCGCCUCGCGGUAAAGUUCAGGUCAUCGGGUCAAAGUCUGCGAAGGUUGUACAGUAAAGCUGGGGAAUGUGCGUCGUUUUGAGCGAAGUUGAGGUCAUUGGUGCAUGUUGAGGUCAAAAUCAGAUAGGCGAAAUGCCCAGAAGAGCUCUAUUGCCUUCUGAGUUCUGUUGUUCCUCGGAUAAAGUAGCAUCAGUCGAAGCUAGCAUGAGACGCAAGGGACCCAUGUAAAAACGAAGUUGUGUUCAAGAAGGAAGGAGCGCGGACGGUUCUCCGCUUUGUCUCUAGUUCCUAACCACUGGGUGGCAAUGGAGGAGCAAAUAUCUUCGUUUAUAGCUGCUGAGUUGGAAGUCACCUCGAGUUGUUCGCCGAAGUCGAAGCGGAAAGGGAAGAGCGCCACCUCAACGAAAGCGUCCAAGCGCACGGCGAAUGUCAGAAAGAAGCCACCUGCAAUUCCGACCAUUCCCUCGUCACGAACCAGAGGGCCCUCGACUACGAAGGCCAAAAAGAAGAAAUCAGCAGGGAGAGGCGCUGGACAUGGUGUCAAGACGAAACAGUCGCAGCCUAAAGCGGCAGCGGCCAAGGCAAAGAAAACAGUUGCAAGCCAGAGCACCACGCAUGCAGCCGUCCAAAACGAGUCGGAGCACAGGGCGAGUGUGUCGUCCACGCCCAGCAACCAAGAGGACGAGAGACAAGGAAGUCUGAUGUGCCUGGCAGCAGCUGCUGAAGCUGUGCACGACAGCCCCGAGAUACUAGAGAAGCGGGCGAGGAAACACUCGGCAACUAGUUCUUCAAUGCCCGUGUCGCAAGGUGUUCAAGCUGGCAUGGAAGCACUGAACUCGCACCCGACUGCACUGCACAAAAGCAGCAUUCAGCAAUUGCCGACCGGCAUGCUGGGGCCGGCAACUCCCCCGAGCGGCAACACUGCAACGUUCACCGUGGCCCGACACCCGCACGCGAGCAGUGCUGCACACAGCUACGGCCACAGUGACUCUCCAACGCUGGCAUUGCUACCCGGGGGGAAUGAGCAAGGCCCGGCACAAGUGAUGACCUGGUCACGGCAGACCAUCGGGGGUAACACUGCUUACCUACCACAGUUCUCACAGCUAGUAACACAGCAGGCGGGUGUUCAGGGUGCGCUACCGCCGUUCUACCUGCCUCCGUUAGCCCACCAUUAUCAGCAGCAGAAUCAGCAUCAGCAACAACAGCAGCAGCAUCAGCCACCACCACCAGCGCCAGCUGUAGAGCAGCAGUACGCAGUGCCGGUGGCUGCGUCCGUGCGCCCCAGUCCCCCAGCGCCGCACAGUACCACUCUGGGCGACAACCGCAUACGUCCAGAUUCAAACGGGCCGCCGCUACCUCCGAGUCAUCCGUAUCAAUACUGUUCAGUGGAAAACCCAGUCUUACUCCAGACUAAGUCAACGGGAGAUGCCACAUCUAGUCCUGCAGCCAUGCGCAAGGCCCCACAGACGUACCGACAGGAGCCAAGGGAGGCUGAGCAAUUGCAGUGCGGCGAGAAAUUUCUGCAGCGGCAGCCGUCCAUAGCACCUCAACAGCCGGAUGCGUAUCCGGAGAUGCCCUCCAAUGUACCUGCUGUUGAUUCACACAGGGGAGAGCUCUACCGGUGGCACACCGCACGACAACAGCAAUACGCCAUGAUGCAAAGGGAACAUGCUGUGGAGGUUUGGCAACGGCAAAACCAGCAGAGAAUGUAUCAACAGCAGGCGCAGCGAAUAGCUCACCACCCACACCAGCAACAGCAGCAUCUUCAGCAACAAUGGCAGCAGCAACAACAGCAGCAAUGGCAGCAGCAACAACUGCAGCAGUGGCAGCAGCAUCAGCAGCAACAGCAACAGCAACAGCAGCAGCAGCAACAACAACAACAACAACAACAACAACAACAACAGCAGCAGCAGCAACAACAUGAACAACAACAGCAGCAGCAACAGCAGCAGGUGGCUAAUUCACGCCGUCCUCCCCCAACGAAACAACAGAAAAGCCGAGGGGGGCAGAGGAUGGCUCCCCAAAAAGGGCUCACUGGAAGUCAGCGACUUCAGCGAAUACAGAGGCAGCACGAGCAGAGAAAGUACUCCCCACUUCAGGCAUGCAGACAAUAUCAACAGCAACAUGUACAUAUACCUAGCCCCAUAGGCCAGGAACACCGUUACUCACAAACAGGCACUGAGCAGCAGCAGCAUCACCGUGACAUUGACACCCCGGGACAUGCAGGCAGCGUUGCGGUUGGGACAGCGCAGCCUCAAAGUGAUUCACUGGCGCCGUCCACGUUGCAGGGAGCCCAGACACUACUGCAGCGGAGCCUCCGUGCGGAUGUAUCUCAUGCUAGCCAAGAACAGUUCACAAGCCAGCCGGCGCACCUUCCCACCGCUGCAGCUCCGAGCGUGCCGGAGCAGCAACAGCCGACGGCGCAGGGCAAACUCCAUGUGGUCGUCGAUUCCUUCGGCCGGGCAGCCAUCCUGAAGGGCAACGAGAUCAUUAGUACGUGCCACGCCAGCACCAUCGGUGGCGCGAUUCUGCGCCAGCCAACCACACAGGAGUAUGCGCAGCGCUUCAACUUACUAAAACUGCAGACACAGCAGCAGCAACAGCAGCACCAGCAGCAACCCGUGCCUACUGCCAUGCCUUCUCAACAAGGUGCCCAGACCGGAGUCAGCGAGGUCAGACAGGCUGUUGCCGUGCCACCGCUGGCCAACCUGGCGAAAGAAAGUCGGACCAAAGCUCGCCAAGCCAAGAUCGGCAAAGCUACAAGGAAGGAGACACGUCGCCAGGCGCAUGGCCAAGACCAGGCUGGGAAGGCUACAGCCUCUCACAAACACCUGACCAGGUUGCAGUUGGAGAAGAACCAAGCCCGCAACUCCAAACAACAUACUAGUAGCUUCUACUACGAUGUGAAGACGGAUGCGGCGCGCAACCGCCUCGGCAUGUCAGGAGGCUUCCCGGCAAACUCCAACCUGCGGGCAAGGAAGCUGGCAGCUGAUGCAACAGAGAGUGAAGUGGUGCCGGUGCGAACACCUGAACAGCCCGACAUGGCCUUACCCAGCACGUUAGUGUCCACACAGUUGCAGCAGCAGCAACAGCAACCGCAUUGGCAGGAGCCAUUACAGGACCGGGGCCAGCCGUUGCAGACGCAACAAGAAGAGCAACAGCAGAUACAGCAGCGGUGGAUGCCACAGCAGCAGCACGCGCAACGCAAGCAGCAGAAGCCAAAAUCAUGCCAUCACCGAACACAACAGCAGGAUUUGGGACAAGAUGCAGAGUACGCGGCUGAACACGUUUUGUCUCCUCGGGAUGAUAAGCAAAUCGGAAGUGGCGAAAGCAGCACCCUGAAGAAGCUUCUUGUGUCACCAGUAGAUCCCACCACCCAGGCAGGAAGAAGACCGAACCAUAAGAACAUUGCAGCGGAUAGUCUGUAUAGCCAUCCCAUAUAUGGCUUGGCGAAAACUGACAGCGCUCCUGGGACCAGCUCAACUAGUGCUGUCAGUAGCACCGUCGGUGUAACUCAGGGAGAGGAUGACAACGCUUCGCAGGAAAUCGCUGGGCAUCUUCAAGCCAGCCCUGGUGGUACGUCACAGACACAGCAGAUCGAAGUUGAGUGUGCCGCCUACAUGUCGGCAUUUAACGGAGUACACCUGAGCUCCUAUUCCGCUGCCCGAAGAGCAGAUACGCCCACCACGAUGGGCUGUGUCGCACGCGAAAAUACGCCGAACUCCCCAGAGAAAGCCGAGACGCCAAGCCGCACGCCCAGUGGUCACGGUAAGGCAUCAACGAAGCACUCUGAGCUUGAUUGCAAAGCAGGCAAGCCCGGUGAGCCAAACGACGAAGCCAGCGACCAAACCGGAGCCCAUCCACUGCUCACCGGAGAAAGAACUGAUAACCCGCUGACAUCGCCGGAAACAACUCCUGUGUCGAGAUCACCAGCAAAGCAGCCAGAGUUUAGUGGUGCUGACACCAGCGAUGACGACGACUUGGUUAUCGAUGUGGAGGCGAUUUCCCCAACCGACACACUCCAGGUCGAUCUUGUCAAGAGCCUCUGGGUGAAGACCGAGUCAGAGGAGAUUGUUGAAUGUUCGCCACGAGCUGUUGUACCGGCUGCACCAGAGCAUGGUACUGAUUCAGAAAGUGAUCAUUCUGGACUGCAAGCAGCCGGCGGCGAUCAGCUUGCAGCGGGCGUCAGUGCCGGAAAGCCGCCAUCCACGCCCCGGCCUGCGGACACUGCACUCUGGCUUUGUCCCAAUCACCACUGCACUGCAGUGGCGAGCGGCCACACCAAUUUAACGGCAGCAGCAGCAGCAAUGGUGGCGGGGAGCAUGCCCGCUGGUGGUCAGCCUACAGCAAACGUCAUGACCCAGCCGCGUCCAAGCACAAGCCAACAAAGCAACACCAACUGUCAGGAGCAGCAGCAGCAGCAGCAAGUACAGGACACGCUCACGUCACCUCAGAGACGCGCGGUUGUUGGCCUGUCACCUACGAUGCCAGCGGGAUGGGACAGUCUCUCCCAGGCUAGCUCGGAGAGCAGCGAGCCAGCACACAGCAAGGAAGACGUGUCUCCGACUUCUGGCAUCAAGACGGACACUGACAGCGAUCACAACUACAUUUCGUUCAAGCUGGGCUCUAAUGGCAAAUCAUGUUUUCUACGUCGCCCAUUCACGAGACCCAGGGCUGAUCCGUUUCUGUCACCUCCAUCCACUGCGCAAAUAGUUCACAUUGUGACACAGAAGAGGAAAGCUGGGGCUGAGGCUGGCUCAGAAGUGCAAUCCGUUUCUGCCCCUGGUACGCGGUGCGGAGACGUUCCGGAACCGGGAGCUACUCCUGAGAGUCCUGAGCCAGCUAGUGCUGAGCAGUGUGACAUGGAGACGGCCGUAGACGCGGGUCGGCCCUCGCCAGAUGCAGCACCGCUUGAACUUGAAAGAACACCGGUAAGUGCUGCCUCGACCGAGGACAGUGUGAAGACGGAUGCUGCAGGCGGUCUGUCUAAUGCACAGACCGACUGUGGGAGUGCCAAGGACGUUCACGAGCCACCGCAACAACUUGCCGUAACUCCAGCCGCCCUUGAACGUGGUGGUCCCGACGGAGCCUCGCAGCCUUCACCGAUACCACCCGUUGCUGCUGACGGAAACGGCGCUUCUACAGAAGACCUUCCAGCUUCUCGUAGCCACCCCGUUGCAGGGGAUAGUCCAAAGAGUGAAGGGGAUAGUUGUGAACUAGAUGUAUCGUCCACGGUGUCACCAGCCCCUGCCUACUCGCCUGCCGAAGGAGGGUCUGAUCCUGCGGAGCUCGAUGGCCAAACUGUUGCAGUUGACAGUUUCUGUGAUGAAACGAGCAGUGAGCACUCGCCGCCAACACAGCCAGAGAUGGAACGAAUAGCUGAUAACAAAGACGCCUGCCCUUUGAGCAUUGCGCUGGGGGACACCAGUGUUCACAAUACGCCCCCAACUACUUUGGGAUCCCUCACUGCUUCUGCACAACAAUCCUUCACCGAAGAGCAGGAGGACGAUGAGGAACCCAAUGCGCGAGCUGAGCGCACACAGGAGAAUGCAUUAGCAGCUUCUAGCAGCAGAGGAACACCACACAGGCGCUCAGAAGAUUCCAAGACGACGUACAGUCCAGUUGACUAUCGAAGCACAGAUUCCUACCGAGUACAGCCAGGCUACGGAUCCGCUGCGGCUUGGCCACUUGGUGACGACAGCGGCUGCGUGCACGACAGCAGUGCAUUGUGUCAGCAGACUGAUCCAUGGCAAGGCGGAGUCGAGCAGCCCAUGCCGUCAGCACCUGCUUCCAGCAGCACCAGCAGCAGCAGGGUAGGGCAGUACAAUUGUUUAGCAUCACCAGUCCAGGCAGGCCCUGCACAACUACAGUGGCCGUCUGGAAACUAUACCCGAGUGUUUGGGCAGCCAGCCCCUGGCGGAGGGUUGCUUGCAUCUCCAACGUAUUCACCUACCACAGCCGGUAUGCCGUUGCCGCCGAUUUCAGCACUGCUCUAUCAUCGGUCCCCUCCACAACCAGCGCAUCAUCAACAGCCGCAGCAACCGCCGCCUUUCAGUCUCACCGAACCUGGCUUAGCGCAUGGUACUGGCGUGGAACGGCAGGUGUGUUUUCCGAAGAGCAGCAGCAAUGAUCCGCUUCACAUUGACACGGGGCCCGGUACUACAGCUGCCACUUCAGUCACUGCUGCCACUCCUGCUGCUGCUGCUGAGGAUGAUGGCAAUUCUAGUGAUGCUGACCAGCAUCCUGCCAAGAGAGUCAGGCACAACGACUCGAGCCAAAGUGUGAAUGCUGGCAACUUGACCCAGUGCCAAGGCGGUGCCCCAGCUGCUUACGGACGGCCGUUGGUUCGACGCCACUCCAUGAAUCCUCGCCUGCGACUGGUGAAGGCAAGCUUUGCACCGAGCAGUGCCAGCAUUAGCAGCUGUAGCUCCAACAACAGCAGCUGCUCAAGUAUCAACGCAACAACAGUAGCACGACUUAAAGCCGAGCCGAGGUGCUCAAACUCACCGACACCAGUCAAACAGAGGCAGCAGGAGCGGUCAUCGCCCUCCGACACGGUCACAGGCGAGAUGGUACAGCAAGAACGUACCAUGCCGACUUUACGUGCAUCUGCCGUCAACCAAUGAAACGUGAACCAAAAUGAUGGCAUCGUGACGAUUGCAGCUGGCUAUACAAUGACUGUAGGCUACCGACUAAUUUUGCAGAAGAACCGUCUACGCUGAAUGGGAUACUGUUUGGUGUAUACACUCAAAUUCAGUGGCCAAGACAGGAAUACGUUAGCGCAAGGUCUCUGCCAAGCUGUAAACAAGAAUGCGUUUUUUCUCUUCUGCAAUGUGUGUGUGCGUCUGUUUGUGUGUGUGUGUGUGUGUGUGUGUGUGUGUGUGUGUGUGUGUGUGUGUGUGUGUGUGUGCAUGUGUGUUUGCGCGCGUGCGCGUGUGUGCGUGCGCGUGUGGGUGUGCCAAGGCGAAUCAGUUCACCUUGUAUGUAGUGAACGAGAGUAAUUGUGGUCUUUUCCACCCCAGCUGUCAUGCCAAUGUAGGACUGACUUGAUUUUUCCUUGUGAUAUUCGCUGGCUGGCUUUGUCCUUGAGAAGCGAUUUCAUUUAAGUGUGCCUUGAUGUAUCCUUGACUUUUUGUUCUUGUUGAUAGGCAUUGCAGCUGCAUUCAGCUUCUGCGUGCGUGCGUGUGUGUGUGCGUGCACGCGUGUGUGUGUGUGUAUGUGUGUACGUGUGUGUGUGCGUGGCUCUGCUGUUUGUUUAAAUUCCACAUCCGCUUCCUUUCCGUUCUUUUUAGCUGACAUGUACCUACUAACCCUCACAUACUUCAAGUAACCAUGGAAACUGCAAUGCAUUAAAGUGACAUUCCGCAUGCCGUAAAUAAUUAGCUCUUUUUUUCUUUUCCUGUUAGGUAGGCCCAGGUUUCGCCCCUUUGGUGAUGCCGGUCCUUUUUUAAAACCCUUUCUGUAGCUCAUGCAACUCACAUUUUAACAUGCCAACUUUCAAGAAAAUAUUAUAGUGAUGCUGGUGAAGCAUAAUGUGUGUUGCAUAGGAAAGCCCAUCUCGUUUGCUGCAUGAUGAUUGAUGACCAAUUUGCAUCCCUGCUUUGAGUGGUUGACUUUCAGGGUG